AUGGCCCAGAACAGGCCUCACGGACUCUCGCCCACAACUGCCUCGGCCUCCAAGCCCCCACCCCCGGCUCGGCCACGGUCCCGACGCCACGGCAUCCUCCGCCUCCCGAGCUCGGAGCAUCUUGGGAAAUGGAGUCCUGAUGCCGCUGAGGGCACGGGGUCGCGGCGCAGGGGGCCCGUGCCGGUACCCGCAGCCCAGGAGCCACACGCCCGAAGCCUGGACGUCAACCGGAAGCGGCAUGUGCAGGCUGUAAACACUGCCCGCAAGGCCCUACCUCCGCGCUCCCAGGCCCGGCUCCCGCCCGCCACCGCCCUGAUUCCUCAGCUCGAGAUUUCUGCUAAAGUACACAAGAUUGUGCGUGGGAAGGGGGACCCCGAGGAGCCUGAGGUUACAGACAGUCUGUGGGCCUACUGUGCGUCUGGUUGGCACCCAGGAGCUGAGAGCCACAGUGAGCCCGUAUCACUCGUGCCCCCGGCGUGGGCGAGCUCACCCACAGCCCCCGUGCGUGGGAGCGCGCACCGGCGGAAGAGGCAGACGGACUACAAGUUCCAGCAUGCCCGUCGCCCCGCCCGCCGCCGGGAGCGAGGCGAGGCUCGGAGCCCGCUCGCUAAUGGUGGACGCGUGAGGCGGAGGAGCGAGCGGAGCGGCACCUUGUCCGAGAACAUGGACGAGCUCAAGCAUCAGCUCCUGAUUAACCAGUUCGUGCUAACGGCGGGCUGCGCCGCGGACCAGGCGAAGCAGCUGCUGCAGGCGGCCCACUGGCAGUUCGAGACGGCUCUCAGCGCCUUUUUCCAGGAGACCAACAUUCCCUACAGCCACCACCACCACCAGAUGAUGUGCACUCCUGCCAACACCCCCGCCACGCCCCCCAACUUCCCUGAUGCCCUCACCAUGUUCUCCCGUCUCAAGGCCUCUGAGAGCUUCCAUGGUGGGGGUGGGGGCAGCCCCAUGGCCACAGGGGCUACAUCGCCCCCUCCCCACUUCCCGCACAGCACAGUAGCCGGGAACUUCGCAGCGCCCAGCUGGCCAACGGCUGCCUCACCCCCAGGAGGCCUACAGCACCACCAGCCACCACAGCCGCCCUUGUGGACUCCAGGUCCUCCCUCCCCGGCUUCAGACUGGCCACCUCUGGCCCCCCAGCAGGCUGCUGCAGAACCCAGGGCCCACCCUGCCAUGGAAGCAGAGAGAUAA